ACAACACGUCAAACACAUCGUCGGACACUGUUGGACGUUGAAUAUUAUUGCUUGGUAUUCAAUUGUUUAUACGGUAUUUGAUCCUUAUACACAACAAAAAUCAACAAUGCACGGUCGAGUUAAGGUGCGUACUACGGCAGAACAAGAGGCUAUAAAGAAAAAGGAAAGAGCAGCUAAAGUCGCUCAAUACAAAGCUGACAUUGCUGUAGUAUUUCAAAAGAGAAAAGAUAAGAUAUGGGACGAAGAAUUGUUACAAAUUACCAGACGUAUAAUUUUAAGUAAUUCUGACAUUUAUACCUUGUGGAAUAUUCGUCGUGAAGUUUUUGAAAAUAACGAAUGGAGCGAAGAAGAUCAUCAGCAACUGCUGGAGAAUGAAAUGAGCUUGACUGAAAGCUGUCUCAGAGAGAAUCCUAAAUCGUACUGUGUAUGGCAUCAAAGAUGCUGGGUGAUGGAAAGAAUACGUGAUCCAGAUUGGAAAAAGGAAUUGGCGCUAUGUGCAAAAUGUCUAAAUUUAGAUGAAAGGAAUUUUCACUGCUGGGAUUACAGAGAGUUUGUUGUGCAAAAAGCUGGCAUCUCUGAUGAAGAAGAAUUUGAAUUUUCCACUACAAAAAUAUUGAGUAACUUUUCGAAUUACUCAUCUUGGCAUUACAGGAGUCGAAUAUUGUUCAAGAUGUUUGGAACUGCAUCAGGAGAAAUACCAAUUGUAGAUGAAAAAUAUAGAGAAGAACUCGAUCUUGUAAUGAACGCAACAUUUACUGAUCCCAAUGACAGCAGCGCGUGGUUCUAUCAACGAUGGCUUUUGGACAAGGCCGUAACGACUUGCAGACUGUGGCGAGCUCAAAUUAAGAAACAUCGAGCUACAAUUGUUAUUGAUAACAAUAUAUCAAUUAAGCCAAUUUUACUGUCGUUAAUUGUGAAUAACGAGAUUGUCAACGUGCAAUGGGAAUUGUAUCCGGAUGAGAAGUUUGCCAAGUUACGAAUAGGAAACUUUAUUAAUCCGAUUGAGGAUCUGGAUCAUACUAAAGAAGUUUCUAUAAAAUUGCAAGACACGACAUAUCAACUUUCAUAUUCGGAAGCAGAAAGCGCAUGGAUUUACAAAAAUAAUUCAAGCUUGGGCAAAAAAUAUAGCAAUGACGAUCAAUUGAGUGAACAAUUACAGAGUUACAAUCAGCUUUCCGAAAUGGAACCAAAUAACAAGUGGGCCUUAUUAACUGGUUUGUUAUUAAUGAAAAAGAUCGAUUUAAAAAACUUUUAUACCGACAUACUGAAUAAGUUGACCGUAUUGUCAAAAGUCGAUAAUCUUCGGAAAAAUUAUUACAAAGAUUUACAAAGCAAACUCGUGACAGAGUAUAAAUUACUCGAAACAUGGAAAGAAGAAGACAGUUUGGCGAUAGAAUCGAGAAUUGAUUUAUCGGGACUGAACUUGACCAAAUUACACAACAAUCACUACUUCAGCUUUUUCGAAGAAGUGAAUCUCAGUGGGAACGAGUUGGAAAAUUCUCUAUGCCAGCUAGUUACGUUGCAAGGAUGCAAAAAGCUGUCAUUGUCCAGCAAUGGCUUAACGUCAUUGAAACGAUUUCCUACUCUACGCGGUCUCGAAGUUUUGUGUAUGAGAAACAAUAAAUUGACAAGUACAGACGAGAUAUUAGACUUGAUAAAGCGGCACGAAAAUCUAGAAAGAUUAGACAUACGAAAUAAUCUCGUGUGCGACGAGAUUGAUGUAGCUGAAAUUCAUAAUAUAAAUCCUCGUUUGGAAGUAUGUUUGAAAUAACACUGAACGUUAUAAAUGCGCGUAAACAAAUUAUUUAAACUACGUUUAAUAAUAAUUUUUUCGUGAUCACUGUUUCCAAUACUUUUUAUCACAAAAAUAUUAGAAAACCAAAUAAACCAUGUUACCACAGAAAACUCUUACUAUAAUAUUACUUUUCGUAUUUUAUUUUAAUUAGACGAAAAAAAAAACUGU